UUUCCACUGUUUCUUUCUGAAAUGAUCAGAAAAGAAGUGUAAAGCCAGAGUCAGACUUGUGUCUGAUGGUGUUGGCAAACAUUUGUGACAGUCUGCUCACUGUGUCAUACUGGCAGGGUUUCUGCGUAGCUCAUGGUUUCAACGAUAGUUCAUUUCUUCUUAUACUGUGGAGGAAACUACAAAGCUACAUUGCAGUUUAACUGAUAAUACCUACAUGAAAUGUAAAAUGCGAACUACAUAUGCAAACUACAUACACCUGUAUAGUUUAUUAAGACAUAAGCUGUGCGAUAUGUCACAUAGAAAGACUUAAGCAUAGCAUCUGUCUAUUUUACUAAAAUUCAUGCUGACAAGAAAUGCAAAAAGAGGCGACUUGGUCUGAAACAGACAAGGAAAACAUCAGACCUACAGACUGAUUGGCAACCCUCUGGCAAUUGAUGGUUGCUUGGGAAAAAUGUGUGUUCUCUUACCAGUUGAUGAGUGGCUACUGGAGGUUGCCAGUAGUCACAAGGUGAAAACUGAUCACAAAGAGGUAUAGGCUGCCGCACCAAAAACCUCUUUGUGAUCAGAAUGGGCAGUAGUUUGCAUGGAAAAUUCCAACUUGUUUUUAAAGACUCGCCAUCUAAUUUUAUAAACCUGUUGGAUGCAGAUGAAUGUUCUUUAAUCCACUGUGUCAACCAGCAACUCAGCAUCUUCCAUCCAAACUAUAGCUGAGUGGAAGGUUUGCUAACAGCAAAAGAAAUCAUUAGAAGGCUUUUGGUGCAGCAUCCUCUUUGCGACCGAUGUCACACAGCAACCACUCAGGGGAUAUACUGGGGGUUUUUCCCUAGCAACCAGAGGUUGCCAGAAGGUUGUCAACUGGUCUCUGGGCCUAUGUGACUGAGGUCUAAGCUAUCAGCUGGAAUGACCUGCCAGUUGACAAGUCAUAGGGCAAAACUUUCAACAACUUUCCCCCUUUCCUGAUCUAUGGCUUCUAACCAUAGUUGGGCGAUAUCUGGUUUUAGUUUGGUUUAAGUGUCUUUAAUUAGCCCAGCUCAUAGCUGGGAACCAGAAUUCACUUGGUACCAAUUCUGUUGUGAAAGAAAGAGGUGAAGACAAAUGCUGUCUUAGCAAUGUGUGACACUAUGGAUUCAUACUUUGCUACGUUAGUUCUCAAACACUUGUGACAAUGAGGGAGAGUUGCUUACUUCCCACACAAAAACAAUAAACCUUUAUCAUGCACUGGUUACCCAAACAGAUGACCUUCCUAAAAGGGGAUGUACAGAAGCGCAAGACUACAGUUAACUUAAUGAAAAUGGCAUGGAAAAAAACUAAACAAACCUGAAAACUAAAAACUUGAAAUGUCACUAAAAUUUUGUCAAAAGUCUCAACAAGUACAAAUUCCAGAAACCCAAAGCUCCCCUACGAAACCCCUAAGUUCCUUGAAACACAUUUGUAAUCCUUAAUACUUUUAAGACUGAGUGGCUUCGCUGCUUGUAUUAUGACAGUGAUAAUAAUAUACAGUCAAAACAGCCAGUAUGCAUCCUGAGAACAUUUUGCCAGCGUAGAGCUAUUCCCCUUUGUGAAGUACAAAGUAAAUAGAGAAGCUGCUCAUAGUUGGAAAAACUAGUUGUGAAACAGCUCCAGGAGCAGCUCAAGAAGAAGUGAAGUGUUUGACAUGAAUCAUCUCAAGGUUUUUGAUGCUGCCUGUUUUGUUUUUUGGGGUGUCUUUUUUUUUUUUCAUAAACAAUGGUUGUCUGCUAUUUGUUUUGAUUUGGGGGUGUUUUUUGUUUGUUUUUGUUUUUUAAUGAAUAAUAAAUGAUUUACUGUAUAAACAGUACACAACACAUUGCUGGGUGUUAUCAAAAACACAGCAAAGAAACUACAUGCUCUGUUUCCUAUUAUUUGUCUUACUCCUUUUAAAUUAGCUUUAAAACAGCCUGAGAAACAUCAACAUUUUGUGAGGCGAUUCAAGGAAGUUUCAUAAAUAUUUUCUUUGAAUGAAGGCUUGAGAACUUCUAAGAAAUGUCUGAUUUGGUAUUUCUAAUCCUGGUCGGUGUUGGAAUGUAGAGCAAAAGAGACUUCAGCUUUGUAAAACCAUAACAUGACACGACAUUGCCGCGUAGUGGAGUCAUGCCCUCUGUGUAGCGUCAUUCUGCCGCUUAGUAUGGUCUGAGUAAACAGAUGGAAUACAUUUGUGGAUGUGCAGACGCUUGUGUUCUGGACAUGUGUCACAAGACACACAGCCUAGUUUGAGACAGCAGUGAUGAAGUUUUAGCCUGGAAGAUUUGGCCCAUAUAUUUGUGUGUGUGCCAGCAUAAAGAGGUAUUAACUUAGACAAGUAUUUGGCUGAUGCUUAGAUUGGGGGUAGGUUAAUGGAAUUGGGCAUGAUGGUAUUCUGAUUGUAUACAUAAACAUCAUGUAAAUAAGCUCAGGAUUCAUAUUUUGGACUUUGAGUUGGUAUUCAUAUGCAGCUUUUUCAAGGUCAAGUUGGAAAUGACAAUUUAAAAACUGGUUUCUAAAGGCAACUUGUUCUAUAUACCUGUGCCCAGUAAAGCAGCCACCUAUAAAUGGUUCUGCCAAUUUCUAUCUUGGAUUUGCCGUGCAUGGUCUCUUUUUGCGGAAAGGUACUUUUUGCAUAUGUAAGUUAGUCAAUUUCCAAAGGAAAUCCCUUUGGAAUUUCCUCUCCAUUCCUAACUAUCUUUCUCUCAUUUCCCAUCACUGCAUCAUCACUCUGUUACUGUCAUCUCUAGUCUGGUUUUUGCUGUCCUCUCCACUACUCCUGCUGCCUGGUUGAGCACUCGCCUGCUCAUCAAUUAUCCUCAUCUGCCCUCCCUCUCUCUUCAUUUAAUCAGACUGUUUUCUCUCUCAUGUUUUCAUCUAUCGCCCUGCCCUUCUCCAUCUUUCUUUCUCUCCACUGAUUCAUCAUGUUUUAGAAACCCAAGAGAUUAUUGUGGGAUUAUGACAUGGAUGGGUUUUAAUGGUUACGUAAAACAGAGGCACAAAAUCCAGAAUAACUUGCUGGGAUUAGAUAUGUUUUGCAGGAAAAGGGAGGAGGUAGUGGACAGACUGGUGGUGAAAUGAUCACAGCCAGCCAAUCCGGGCAUUGCAAUCUUGACAGCAGGGAGUCGAGGAGGAUGAAUAAGCUUUAGCCGCUGGCUGGCAAAGUUUUGGCUCUUUCCCCCUUUUUAAAUGCAUUGUUGGAUGUUAGCUUUUUCAGCUGGGGAAGGAACCAUAUAAUCAUCACCAGAUGCAGGAAAUCUAUUCAGUAAAUGAAGACUCAGAUCCAUCACAUCUUCUUGUAUCGUUUUGGAACCAGAAACAUCCUUCUGAACUGGAUUCACAUUUUUCUAAAUUGAGAAAGAAGACCUGAGAUCUUUUUGCUGCCUUUAAAUCCGACCUCGUUCCCGCCUUAUCUUUCAUGCCAAGCCAACAACUACGAUGAUGUUCUGCACCACCUUUCUUUCUGCUCCUUCUGAGGAACUUAAUUGUGAAGCUUCUGGAAGAGGAGCAACUAUGGGAGGUGGAGGGCUGAGCCCAGGUAGCUGCCUGUCUUCCUUACAUUGCCUGGUUCUCCCCCAGGAUGAACUGUACCCAUCUCUUUCUGACCCCACUGCUCGACUUUCCAUCUGCUCCGAAGACCGAGCUUGCAACUUGGUGGACAAAGUGCUUGUAGACAUCAGUGUGACCACCUGCAAUGCAAGAAGCAGCAGGUGUAUUUGGGAUAACCUGAGAAGGCGACGCAGUCGGUCCGCAUCGCCUUCACCCAGCAAAACGCCCAACAGUCCUUGUAGCAAGCGUGUCGGAGGACCCGCAUUGCCCAUGGCGACUGUCGAUAUCAAAAACCCAGAGAUCAACAGUGUUCAGCGUUAUCACAACAAUUCUCAGAUGAACAACAUUGUGCACUCUUCCUUUCCUAAGAAGGAGAAAAAAAUCAAAGGGGGGAAGAAGAAGAGGUUGACAAAGGCAGACAUCGGCACACCGAGCAACUUCCAGCACAUUGGACAUGUAGGAUGGGAUCCAAACACAGGCUUUGAUCUGAAUAACUUGGACCCAGAGCUGAAGAACCUGUUUGAUAUGUGUGGCAUUUCUGAGGCUCAGCUAAAGGAUAAAGAGACCUCUAAGGUCAUCUAUGAUUUCAUCGAGAAGAACGGAGGUGUAGAUGCUGUCAAAGAUGAGCUGCGGAAACAAGCACCUCCACCUCCACCUCCAUCCAGAGGCGGCCCUCCUCCCCCACCCCCACAUCACGGCUCCGCCCCUCCCCCACCACCACCUCCCGCACGGGGACGAGGUGCACCUCCACCUCCUCCCCCCUCCAGAGCUCCCGUCUCUGCACCCCCGCCUCCCCCUCCAUCACGGCCAGGCAUAUCUGCUCCACCGCCGCCUCCUCCCAGCCGCGGCCCACUCCCGCCUCCCCCUCCACCAGUCCACGCAUCCCUUCCGGUCGCACCUCCCCCACCACCCCCACCUCCCCCCUCAUCCGGCGCUGGCGCACCACCUCCUCCUCCUCCCCCGCCACCUCCUCCUGGCCCUCCACCCCCAGCUCCUCCACUCGCCACAGAAGCUAACGGAGGGGACAGCAGCCUGCCGGCAUCUGGAAACAAGUCGGCGCUGCUGAGUCAGAUCAGAGAAGGAACCCAGCUCAAAAAGGUGGAGCAGAAAGAGAGGCCAGCAUCCAACGUGGGCAGAGACGCGCUUCUGGACCAAAUCCGACAAGGAAUCCAACUUAAAACUAGGGACGAUAAUAAUGACUCAGCACCUGCCACACCAGCCCCAUCAUCAGGCAUCGUUGGGGCCCUCAUGGAGGUGAUGGAGAAAAGGAAAAGGGCUAUUCACUCUUCAGAUGAGGAUGAUGAUGAUGAAGAUGAUGAAGACUUUGAGGAGGAGGAUGAGUGGGAUGACUAGUGUUUGUUUGUGUUUUUUCUUUUUCUCCCCUUCCCAAACCCCCCUUCCUCAAUUCCCCAACCAAAUGAUCACAACACUAAAAUUGUAUUUGGAAAAAGAAAUCGUUAAUUUCAAAAUUAUUAAUGUAAAUGUUCUAUUGAUUUGCUGUAUAUUUUUUGUUGCCUUCAUGCCUUUUUAUUAAUCUGUGCAAUACCUCAUUUAAUCUGUAAAUGUUUGUCAUUGUCAUCUUCGGUCGUCGGCCCUUCAUCUUCUCCCUUUACGCCUUAUUGGCUGGAUCUGUCUCUUGAUAGCAAUAUGUCUCAUCUCUCAUUUUAAGUGUCCCUACAUCACUCCCUCAUCUGUCACUCAGGCAUCUUUCAUAUCUGCUGCCUCCCAUUGCACACGUUCCCAGUCCUCAGUUUAACGUGCAAUUUUAUAUCAAUUUGUCUUUCAAACUUCAGAGUUAAAUGUAGUUUUGGGGGUGGUAACUUACAAAACAGGUCGCCACAGAUCGUUUGAUUAGUCGUAUCAUCGUUGUUCAUUAGGAGGGAAAAGAAUUAACUAUUUUCAUACCCUACUGCUCUGUAGUUUAUUUUUACGUAUUCAAAUGAUCCUAGUUUAGCACUCAUAUUUUCUUAAAACAAAGAGGAUUUUUGGAAUAUUUCGCUUCAUUUGUUGUGGACUGUAAAUUUUCUCCAGAGUUUGAGUCUUGUUAUAUUUUUGCACAGAUUAAAAAGAGGAGACUCGCUGCAUGAAUACAGGACAUUUUUCAGGUCUGCUUCAUUAUGGAAAUUACAUACGCUUUAGGUAAUGAGACAGAAAUACACCUGAACAUGAAGCUUUUUUAUUUCAUUUGUUUUUAAACACACAACACUACAUAGAGUACAUGAAUGGAGGUAGCUCACAGUGUUAUGGCAGGCUAUCUGUUGUGAUUUUUAGGGUUUUGGGGUCUGUUUUUUUUUUUUUUUUUUUUUUUUUUUCUUUUCAACAACACUAAAGAUUCAGUUGAAUCUGUGUUCUGUUUUUUUUUUACAAUAGCAAGCAGAGUAUUAAUAAAUGCCUGUUUGUUGAAAUCAGGUCAUUCAUCAUGUAAAACUUGUGGAAUAAAGACAUUUUAGUUUUCAUACCUGAUGCUUAUCAUGGGUCCAUAUGCAAAGUUACUGUGCAGAAACACCAGGGCUAACAUCAUGUACUUCCUGCUAUAGGAAGAAAUGCAUUCAUGGCAUUCUUCUAACAAGUAUCAUUAUUUUAGCUAACUGUAAGUCAUGAGGUGUAACAUAGGAAUUACUUCCAUAAAGAACUCUGUGGUUAACAGUUCUCUACAAAGACUAAAGAUUCAAGCUGUCCUUUGAUCUGAACUAAAAAAAAAAAGGAAAACGGUUGUCAGCAAGUUUAACAUUUUUUAUUUAAUGUUAAAUAGGACAAAAUACUUCAGUCACAACUAGUUAAAAAUCUGCUUAAUUGUUAGAGAACUGUAAUUUCCAUGGUUGUGCAAAUUCCUUCUAACCCGUUUGUCUCUAAAGUGAUAUUGUAUAACAACUUUUGCUAAACAGCAGUUGAUAAGUUUUCCUUUAGUGCUUUCUGUCUGAAAGGUUCUGCAAGAAUAUGGUUAAAAUUAUCCGUCAGCACAAACCAUCUUUUCCUGAAUGUAUGGAAUAGCUUGCUUAUUUCCUACAAAUUUAGGUCUUAAUUACAAAUCAAGUUAAUAUUUCAACUUUGGAACGUUUCAAGUUGGGUCUGUCAAAAUUUUGAUUUAAAUAUAUCUUAAAAUUUCAAGUUUGUUUUUUUUGCAUUGGCAGAAAAUGGCUUUAAAAGCUAAACAAAAUUAUGACAGAUAAUGGAAACUAAAGAAGGCAAGUCACUUCUACUAGUGAGCAUUGGUGACAAAUGACAGUUAUUGGUAAACCCUGUAUUAUAAAAUUAGCUCUAACAGCAGCCAUAAAUGGAAAAUGUUAACAUUUAUCAUAAAGUAAUAUAUUUUCUGUUAUUGUUGGCUAACAUUAUCCAUUAGCAUAUGUUUAUAGCACACAUUAAAUCAUUGGCCUCAAAAAUGGAGAUAACCUGACUUCCAACCUGUACGUAAUCAGUGAAGCAUCAUGAAAACUGAUUGGUAUGGUUUCAGGCUUCAAGUUUUAGCUAACCAUAUGCUAGCUGCUUAUGCCAGAACAAAAAAACGUGGCAGAGAAAACCGUGAACCGAACUAAGUAAUGGUGAGUAGUACCGCUCGCCAAGAAACUGGGAAAAAUCUAAAACCUGUUGCUGUGUCAUCAAGCUAAUGAGUUGUUAUGUUUAGUAACUAAACCUUAAAAAAAGCAUAUUAGCAUUCCAGUCUGGGUAAUUUUGCUAAUACGUUUCUGGAUAAUUAAAAAAAAAAAAAGACCAAUACAACGUGAAGUUUCUUGAAAAAUACUGUGAUUGAAAACAUUUAAAGCUUUUAAAACUAUAAUUUCUUUUCUUCUGUUUGCUGUUUAAGAAAACAAAUAUUUCCUUCAAAUUAUGUCUUUGAGAGACAAAUUGCCACUUGCUUGAUUUUCUAACUGACCUCUUUUCUUUUUUUCUUUUUUUUUUUUUUUUUUUGUCAAAUACUAAGAUACUUCUUGGGAGAAAAACUAGCCAUGUUUUGCUGAUGUUAGCUUCUGUAGGUAACUCGGUUAAUAAGACAUUGUGAAUACCAAGUCUUACCAAAAAGGCUGGACGAAUAAUGACUCUUACAAUGUACACUCCAAUAAAAGGUUGAUAUAUACGUA